UUAUCCUUUUGGCUUUAAAUCUAUCUAGCUCUUAAAUCCUUGCAACUUCAAGUCUUCAAAUCCAACAGCUUUUACCAUCAGAAAUUUCACGGGCUUUCUCGUUGUUGCUGUAGCAGUAGAAGCUGUAGCAGCAGCUGAGGUUUUUGUGGGGUUCACUGAGAGCGCUUCAAUUCAAACAUCUUGCUUUUAUUUUCUCUGCUGAUUCUGAAUGGCCACUGAAGAGGUUAAUAAGCCUCCAUCACUCCCUCCUUACCCUCAGAUGAUUCUGAACGCCAUUGAAGCCUUGAAUGACAAGAAUGGCUCGAACAAAUCCACAAUCUCGAAAUACAUUGAAUCAACAUACGGGGACGUGCCGGCCGGGCACAAUAAGCUUCUCUCUCACCACCUCAACAAGAUGAAAGAUAAUGGGGAGCUGGUGUUCUGGAAGAACAACUACACAAAGCCGGAUCCCAAUGCACCUCCGAGAAGGGGGCGUGGCAGGCCGCCAAAACCCAAGGAUUCACUGUCCCCAGACACCACCUUGACCUCAGCAAAGGGUAGGGGCCGUCCGCCUAAGGACCUGGAAGCACCUCCAAAGCCUCCCAAGGUUAAGGUGUCUUCAGGGAAUGGGAAGCCGAGAGGGCGGCCAAGGAAGAUGGCGAAGCCUACCGGAGGUUUGAGUGGCUCGUCAACAGUGGAAGAGACAAUGCCGGGGAGGCCAAGGGGUAGGCCUCCGAAGGUGAAGGAUACAUUGAGUGCUGGAGAUAGUGUUGGGCAAUAGGGUUUUUAUUAGUGUAGUAUUAGUAAGAUUAGUGUGUCUAGCUCCCCUUCUCAUUUAUCGAAUGUUAUGAACUUCGGGAUCGGAGAAGCAAUCGGAACAGGCUCCGCGUUUAUUUCGUUGGCAAAAACGAUCGUAUCCGAUGUUUUGUGUUGUUAGUUUAGCUGCGGCUGUCUUUUGUCUCAACUGUUUAGCUUGUAAAAUGAAUUGCAGUUGUUUAGUUUCUUAGGUUUGAGAGGAGAUGAGACUGCUGCUAAUCAUGAUUGGAAUCUCAUUUCAUUGUUGCGAUCUUAUAAGUUAUAAAUGUUGUGUCGAAAUUCUUUUUGUUU